CGGCGAACCGAGAGCUCGUGCUGUUACACGCCACGCGCCGGACUGAGAGGAGAAGCGCGAGCUUUGUCGCUUCGCAAUACUGGGGUGUGCCCUACCAACUGCAAAAAAAAAAAAAAAAAAGAUGGAAAAUAUAUCCAAGUAUGACGGAACAAACACCGUCUGUAACCAUUCACUGGACUAUUAUUCCAACAAUUCAAACAAUCGAACCGACUUAAAUUGCACUGGCCAGGCGGGGUACUUUUUUUACCCAGAUAUUUAUAUCCUUUUGCCGGUCAUCUACUCUGUGAUCUGCGCGGUGGGGUUGACUGGCAAUACGGCGGUGAUUUAUGUAAUUCUGAAAGCGCCCAAAAUGAAGACAGUCACCAACAUGUUCAUUCUCAACUUGGCCAUCGCCGACGACCUGUUUACGCUCGUUCUGCCCAUCAACAUCGCCGAGCACUUCCUGCACUACUGGCCCUUCGGCGAGGUCUUGUGCAAAAUCAUCCUUUCCAUCGACCACUAUAACAUCUUCUCCAGCAUCUACUUUCUAACGGUAAUGAGCGUCGAUCGGUACCUGGUGGUCCUGGCGACGGUGCAGUCCAAGCGUAUGCCCCAUCGCACCUACAGGGCGGCCAAAACAGUCAGCAUUUGCGUGUGGACGCUAGUUAUUCUAAUCGUCAUGCCUUUCACAGUUUUCGCAGGCAUUUAUAUUAACCCCGACAACAUGGAUAGGAAAAGUUGCGUCCUGACUUUCCCCAGCCCGGAGAGUUUCUGGUUCAAGGCCAGCCGUAUCUACACCCUCAUUCUUGGCUUUGCCAUCCCAGUGUCCACCAUCUGCAUCCUGUAUACUAUGAUGCUUUACAAAUUGCGAAACAUGCGGCUGAACUCCAACGCCAAAGCCCUUGACAAGGCGAAGAAGAAAGUUACGAUCAUGGUGUUCAUCGUCCUGGCGGUAUGCCUGUUCUGCUGGACCCCGUUCCACCUUAGCACCGUCGUGGCUCUCACCACGGAUAUCAAAACGACCCCACUCGUGAUCGGAAUCUCCUAUUUUAUCACCAGUUUGAGCUACGCUAACUCAUGUCUUAACCCGUUUCUGUACGCCUUCUUGGAUGACAGUUUUAGGAAGGCUUUCAAGAAGAUGUUAGAAUGUAGACCCAGCUGAAUGCAAAACAGGACUUGACCCUUUUUGGCCUAAUUACUCGUCUAAUUAUCGUAACACCUAUUAAACAAGUACGUUACGGGUGUACGCUGAAGGCAUGUUAAGUUAUUUAUAGUACGUUCAAAUAUGACAAUGUCUCCCUCUUGUGUUGUAAGAAGGCAAUUCUAAAACAGAGAGCGACAUUGAAAAUGUCCAUGAACUAAGGUAAUGCACUGGCUGGAAACAUUUUUAUGUGAACGAAAUAUUUUUUUAAAGGUGUAGCUGAUAAGUGACGUUAAUGUAAAUAGUUUGAACAUGUAAAUAGCUAGAUUUGUGUGUGUGUGUCCACAUACACGCGUGUGUGUGUUUUUCCACUUAAAGUUAAAUAUAAAUGUCACCAUUUUGUAUGUAUUAUAUUAUCAGUGUAUUGACAUUAUCAUUUUUGCUUUUCAUUAAUUGGGUUUGGGAAAUUAUCAAAGUGUAAAGAAAACCAGUCUACCUUCACUUAAGAAAAAGUUCGUAACUGUGGACUAUGAAAAGUGGAGAUUAUCCAGUUUGAUGUUUGAAUAUUUACCUCUUCCUCUUAGAGUAUAGGGGAAACAUAAAGCUUGAAGGCAAAUCUGUAAAGUAAUUUACUUCUAUAAUAUAUUGUCAAUAUAUACACACAGGGAACU